AUGUUUCCAAUCGCUUCGACCAGUGGCAGUGGGUUAAAAUUGAAAAAAACUACAGCGGUCGUCGAUAAUUUUUCGCAAAUAAAACAUUUACUCAACGCCGAAGAUGAAAAUCAGAAAAAAAUGUUGCAAGAAAUCAAAAUUAAAAAUAAAAUUUUUAAAAACGACCAAAAUCAAUUAUUAAUGUACAAACAACGGAUGCGGAGAGAAGAAGCAACCUUGAAAGCAACAAGAUCAAAAAUCACAGAACUACAUGCACUUCUUGAGAAAAUAAAGAAAACCUAA